AUGAUAUCUCCUCGUGCGUCUGGCUACCCACACUCUCCUGGAAUCUGGACGAAUGAACAAGUUGCGGCAUGGAAAGCCGUCACAGCCGCUGUUCAUGCUCAGGGGUCGCGAAUCUACCUUCAGAUCGGGGCUCUUGGCCGAGUCGCAAACCCCAGAGUACUAGAAGAAGACGCAGUCUUGUUUGGUCUGCCUAGAGACUCGGUCAGAUUUGCCGCUCCAAGCUCAAUACCUUGUAGCAAAGGGCAUCCGACACCUGCAGAGCUGACCACGGAAGAGAUCAAUACCCUGGUAAAAGAUUUUGCUACGGCCGCAAGGCGCGCCGUAUUUGAUGCUGAGUUUGAUGGAGUCGAAGUCCACGGCGGUUAUGGCUACCUCAUCGACCAGUUCAUCCAAGACACAUCGAACCAGCGCACAGAUUGUUACGGCGGCAGUGUUGAGAACCGCUCCCGGUUUGCACUCGAAGUCAUGCGCGCGGUUGUGGAUGCCGUUGGCCCUGAGCGUUCUGCAAUUCGUUUGUCGCCAUGGUGUUCCUGGCAGGGAAUGAGGAUGCACGAUCCCAUGCCACAGUUCAUCUAUCUUAUCCAGCAACUCCGCGGCCUAAAACUCGCAUAUCUACACUUGGUAGAGGCUUUUAGAGCUCGGCAGACAAACUCUGCAGAAGCUUUAUUCGGCGACAGCAAUGACAUUCUCAUCCGUAUGUGGGGAAUGACAAGCCCAAUCGUCUUGAACCACGGUUUUGAUGCCACAAGCGCCAUCGAGGCUAUCGAGAGAUAUAUCGGGGUGGCCGACAUUGCGGUGUCUAUUGGCGCGCCCUUCAUGUCGAAUCCAGACCUCGUCUAUCGCAUCAAGAAAGGAAUACCUCUAACGCUGCCAGACCGGUCCAAGUCGCACUCAGUAAUAGAUCCAGAUGGUUAUAUCACCUAUCCUUUUUCAGAUGAGUGGAAGGCAGAACAAGACGCGAGGCUACGCGAGACAAACCUUGGCAUUUUGCGAUCAGUGAUGGAAUUUUAUUCGACAUACUAG